AAAAGGUUUGGGGAUCAGUCUUCCAGACAGAAUAAUCAUGGAGCCUUCAAAAGUGUCCGUCUUGGCUCUUUUCCUGCUCAUGGUCUUUGGAACAGCUGCAGCCAAAGUUGAAGAGGAGAACCCAGACUUCUGGAGAUUGCAGGCAAAGAAGACUUUGCAAACAUCUUUAAAUAGGAAGCAGAACACCAAUGUGGCCAAAAACAUCUUGUUUUUCCUUGGAGAUGGUAUGGGAAUCACAACGUACACAGCAGCUCGUAUCCUCAAGGGACAACUGCAGAACCAAACAGGGGAGGAGACAGUGAUGACCAUGGACACCUUCCCCAAUGUGGGCUUGGCUAAGACCUACAGUGUGGACUUCCAGAUUGCAGAUAGUGCUGCCACAGCCACUGCUUAUCUAUGUGGGGUAAAAACCAACCUGAACACCAUCGCCGUCAGCGCAGCAGCUCGAAAUGGUGUUUGUAAGAGUCAGAAGGGGAAUGAAGUCACAUCUAUCCUGAAGUGGGCCAAAGAUGCAGGCAAGUCUGUAGGCAUUGUGACGACCACGCGGGUGCAACAUGCAACUCCGGCCGCCAGCUACGCCCACAGUGCCAGCAGGAAGUGGUACAGUGACGCUGACAUGCCUGCUGCUGCCAAGAGAGACGGCUGCACUGACAUUGCUUUUCAGAUGCUCAAUAACACAGACAUAGAUGUGAUCAUUGGUGGCGGGAGAAAGUACAUGACCCCCCGAGGUACCAGGGAUCCGGAAUACCCCAGGGACUAUUCAUCUAGGGGUAAAAGACAAGACAAACGCAACCUCAUCAGUGAAUGGCAGAACCAGAAAAUAGGCAAGGUAGCCCAUUAUGUAUGGAAUAAAACCGAUUUUGAUGCUGUCAACCCAGAAACCACAGAUUACCUCAUGGCUCUGUUUGAACCUGGUGAUCUGCGAUUUGAAGCUGAGAGGGACCCCAACAUGGACCCAUCCAUCGUUGAGACCACGGAAAAAGCCCUCCGCAUCCUCAGGAAAAACCCUAAAGGCUUUUUCCUUUUAGUGGAAGGGGGCCGCAUUGACCAGGCUCAUCACAAUGGCCAAGCAUACCUGGCGCUACACGAGACGGUUGCAUUCGACUAUGCCAUUGCCAAAGGCCUUGAACUCACCAAUGAAGAGGAAACACUCACUAUAGUGAUGGCUGACCAUUCCCACCCACUUACCUUCAAUGGAUACCCAUUUCGAGGACAAAGUAUUCUGGGGAAAUCUCCAUUGUGGGCCAAAGAUAUGUUACCAUACACCACACUUAUGUAUGGAAAUGGACCUGGACACAAAAUCAUCAAUGGCACACGACCCGACAUCCGCCAUGUCAACACAAAAACGAAAGAGUAUGUCCAGCUGUCAGCAGCGCCCUUAGACUCAGCUACACAUAGCGGAGAGGACGUGGCCGUGCUGGCCCGUGGACCUAUGGCCCAUCUCUUCCAUGGCGUCCAAGAACAAAAUUACAUUGCCCACGCCAUGGCCUAUGCUGCCUGUGUGGGGACAGACCUGAGGCAUUGUCGUGGGAAAACAACUCCGCCUUUGGCUCACACUACCCUCAACAGUGAUAAUAACAGUGCUGGAGGAGCCUGGACCUCAACGGCAUUGAUCAGUGGGCUCCUUAGUGCAGCACUGCUGGCCCAUAAUGUACUGAUGUAA